AUGGCCGCUAACAUGAGUGGCACGGCAUCCAAUAACUCCCUCUACUACUACCAUUACUCCGACGACUACUCUAGUGAUUACGACUCUGACUCCAGUGAGCAUCCUCUCAACGAUUUGGUUUCUUCGCUCAUUCGAUUUGAAUUAGGUAUGACGUCUACAAACUCUACUCCCAACAAGCAAGGUGCUGCCUUUCAGGAGGACCUUCUUGGUCGAACGCUCCGUGAUGUAUCAAUCGAAGACUUCGUGAAGCAUGUAUAUGGUUUCACGAGCAACGACAUGAAGUACAUAACGUCAAAUCAGUGGACGCUAGAUUUCAAAGGCCUGACCGAAUACAACGCAGCACUCAGUCAAGGCCGGCCGGAGAAUGCUCUGUAUUUGCCGUUCAAAACUAUCAUGGACGGGUUAUUCGAGAAAUUCCGCGAUGACAAGUAUUCCCUCGACAUAAAUCUUGCUUCUCUAGGCCACGAGCAAUUGAAGAGUAUGGGCACACCUCGGAAACCUGACGGACUUUUCAUGUUCAAGUCGCACCAAGACUCAGACAAGGUGUCUUGGUCACUCUCCAAGGCCUUCCUUGAAUUCCAAAUAAGCCCCAGCGAUCAAAGGAUUCGGAAGGAGGCACGAGGGGCACGCGGCCAAAUGCGCACACUUUGCAAAGGAAGAACACUUGGAUCUGCGCCAAAUUCGAGAGUUAAUGUGGGCGCCAUAGCCUCUGCGCUAGACUUGGCGCCGUCUGGAUCGAAGCGUCGGAGCUCCGACGUCCCUGAAAUUGAAGAGCGAGGUCAUUCGAAGCGACCCAAAGAAAUGACUUGGAAAGAGGCUCAAGGCGCUGGGUACGCUCUCGAGAUGAUGGCAGCUGCCUGUAGGCGUUGGGCUACCGGCUUCGUGAUCAGGGAUACAACUGUAUGGGUGCAUUACUACGACCGCAUAGGGGCCAUCUUCACUGAGGAGUUCGAUUUCUCUAAAGACCCACAAAAGCUGGCGAUGGUGGCUCUGGCCCUUGCCAAGUGCGACGUCGUUCAGGCUGGAUUCGAACCCCUCAUCUCCCCUAGCCUCGACUCCCCGCUUUCCGCUCCUCUCGUUUCGAUGGACGGCGCGUUCCUUCGUUUGCCUGCGUGCGAUGACGACACGGGCGCUACAUAUAUGAAGGACCACCUCUACUCUCACUUCCAGAUUUCCGGUAAUCCAUUAUACGUAUACCAAGGUCUUAACGGCCGAGGCUCACUAGUCCUCCCGGGUCGUCCCUUUGAAGCAGUUAAGGGAAGUGGUUCCCAGCUGGAGCAGGUAGCGAGCGACACACCAGACACAAGCAAGCUAGCGAACGGCACGAAUGACUCCGGCGACAUUGGAAUCGUACACGGCACCACAAAAUCUCUCCCUUCUCAAGUCUCUAUGGUGGUCAAACUAAGCUGGCCGCUGGCUACGCGGCCGAAUCUCGAAGCAGAAGUAAUACACACCCUCCGCGAGAGGGUGAAGCGGAUGAGGCCUCACCUUCCCAAAGUCCACUUCGCGAUGGUGCUCAAGGGGGUAUCUAUCCAUCUCCCCGGAGACCUGUUUCGUUCCAUGACUACGGAGCACAACCUUGAGCAGCGCUAUUUCACGGUUAUGAUCGUUGAGCAGUAUAAGCACCUGUGGGAGGUUCCGACUUACGCAGACUUCAUGAAGGCGUACCUCGAUAUCAUCGAAUGUCAUCACGCCGCAAUGGAAACUGGAAAAUUCCUCCAUCGUGAUAUAAGCGAUAGGAACUUACUAUGGAAGUGGAGCUCGAAACACCGACGCUCUGUCGGCAUCCUCAACGACUGGGAUCUUGCAUCCGACGUUAUCCCCUUGGGUCCUCACGCGAAGCACCGAACGGGAACUGGUCCAUUCAUGGCACUCGACCUCCUCACCGAUGACGACCCACCCACCCACCUCUAUCGUCAUGAUCUUGAAUCUCUAUUCUACGUCCUUGUUUGGGCGGCGGUACACUAUACCCUCGACAAGGGUAAUCCAGUUGUGAGCCAACCAGGUUCGACGAUAAUGAAGUGGACUGGAACGUAUGCCGACGCUCGUGAAGCCAAAAAAAGCUUCUUAGGUGACCCGCUGCCAAUUUUCAGUAAGAUACAACCUGCGUUCCAGCCCCUACGAAAGCAUCUCAACGCCCUGAGGAACUUGUUCAACAAGGCCCAUCAAAAUUCGGUCACGCUUGCGACUCGACUCCAAAGCAACAGUACACCAUAUGUUCCUGAUACUGAGGAACUGAUCAAUGGUGAUCUACUCGUGGAGAUCGACGAGGAUGACGAGGAUGACGAGCUUCCUUUAUCUACAUCCAAGUCCGAACCUCUUCCCCUGGUCGUUCCUACAUUGGAAGAGGUUGAGAUUGACUUUGAAACGCUGGGAGGAUGUUUGACCUUUGAAAAUUUUCUGGCUGCCUUAGACCAAAAACCUCGACAGUACCGGUGA